AAGGCAUGGAGCCGGACUCGAGGCGCAUCUCAGUGUGGAUCUGCCAGGAGGAGAAGCUCAUCUCCGGCCUGUCCCGGCGGACCACCUGCUCGGACGUGGUCCGGGCGCUGCUGGAGGACGGCGGGGCCUCCGGAGCAAGGAAGGCGGGAGGGGGGCUGCUGGGGGGACCCCCAAACAGCUACUGCAUCGUGGAGAAGUGGCGGGGCUUUGAGCGCAUCCUGCCGGGCCCGACACGGCUGCUGCGCCUGUGGGCUGCGUGGGGCGAUGAGCGCGGGAACGUGCGCUUCGUCCUUGUGCGAAGCGACGCCUCCCUCCCACACGCCGGCCCGCGCAGCGCCCAGGCCAAGGUGGUGCCCAGCAAGGACGGACCGGGACCCCCGGGGACCCCGGCGGCCCCGGCUCCCCGGCCCGGCCUGGCCCUGAGCCAGGAGCGGCAGCGCAGAGUGGUGCGCAAGGCCUUCCGCAAGCUGGCCCGCAUCAACCGGCGACGGCGACGGCAGGGACGGGACGGGGACCGCACCCCAGCCCCGUCUCCCUGCUCUUCGUCCUCCUGCACCUCGUCGUCGUCCUCCUCCUCGGGCGGCUCGACGGCCCGCGGGCCAGGGGCGGCGGCGUCCUCGGGGGCGGCGGGCGAGCGCAUGGAGACCCUGGUCCACCUCGUGUUGUCCCAGGACCACACUCUCCGCCAACAGGUCCAGCGCCUGCGGGAGCUGGACCGCGACAUCGACCGCUACGAGGCCCGCGUCCACCGGGACCGCGUGCGGCGUCACGGCGCCAACUACGUGCAGGACACCUACCUGGACGGUACGGGCGUCGAGGCCGAGGCGGAGGCAGAGCCCGGGGCCGAGGGCCCGGGGGCGGCCGAGCUGCAGAGGCUGCAGGAGCGGAGGGCCGAGCAGGAGGAGCUGUUGGAGCGCCUCGCCGCCGACCUCCAGGACGAGCUCAACCGGCGGUGGAUGCAGCGUCGGGAGGCCGGUGCCCCUGUCCGGGCCGGCGGGGACCCCUUCGAGGACCAGCUGCUCCUGGAACAGGACCGGCUGCAGACGCAGCUGAGCGCCAGCCUCUACAUCGGCCUGCGGCUCAACACCGACCUACAGGCCGUGCGCGCCCAACUGGACAGCAGCCGACGCCGCCGGGACGCCAAGGAGCGGGAACUGCGCGACCUGAUGGACGCCCUCCACGCCCUCGACCCGGGAGACGAGCCCGGACCCGAGCCCUGGCCCCAACAGGCGUCGGAGCAGGCGUCAGAGCAGGCGUCAGAGCAGGCCUCGGAGCAGGCCCCGGCCAAGGAAGGUGACCGCGAGGAUGAGGACUCGGAUACUGGGCUGAGCUCCAUGCACAGCCAGGACUCGGACUCGGUUACGGUCAGCGAGUCCCUCGUCUAGGGCGCGGGGCUGGGGCUGGGCCCG